UCAGGGGACUAGAGAGAGAGCGAGAAAGAGAGAGAGAGAGAGAGGCUGUGGGCCUCGGCGGCUCUCUUUGAUCUCACCUUUUGCUGCUAUUCUUCCAAGAAUCUGAUUCCAAUUCUAAGCUUGUGGAUGGAGCAUAGUGAUUACAUUUCUGCUGAGUUUCUGCUAUGGUGAUAGACUCUGAUGAUUUCAGUUGAGUUUUACUUGUGGUCUGCGUGGCAUUGAUAGCAUAUUCCUUUUUUCCGUAAACUAUGAACUCUGUAUGGAGCUUCGCUUCAAAUGCCAUUGCCGGAAGUAUUGGACCCAAGAAACAAUCCGGAAAACCAGGUCCAUCCAAUCCUGAUUGCUCUGAUGAUGAGGUCUCUUCAUGCACUAGCAGGGAAGAGGGUUUAGAAUGUCCUAUAUGCUGGGAAUCAUUCAACAUUGUGGAGAACGUGCCUUAUGUCUUGUGGUGCGGCCACACGCUCUGCAAGAAUUGUGUUCUUGGACUUCAAUGGGCCAUUGUCAAGUUCCCGAGCCUUCCAAUCCAGCUUCCUCUCUUCAUUUCCUGCCCAUGGUGUCACUUAUUGUCAUUCCGGCUUGUUUACAAGGGCAACCUCAAGUUUCCCCGGAAGAACUUCUUCCUUCUCUGGAUGGUUGAGAGUAUGACCAGUGACCGAGGGCGGUCUCAUUCUUUAUUUUGCACUGACCACCAGCCAGUCUGGCCUUCAAACAAUGGACCUUCAAACAAUGGAUUGGCCCCACGAAGCAGCAGUCUUCUUCACCAUAAUCUUCGAAGGUCCCCAUAUGUGCAUCAAGACCAUCCUCAUCCAAGCACCGACCAAGCCAACCUCAUGCCAAACUACUUAAAUGUUGAGAGGAUUCCUUCUUCUCUUCGUAAAUCCUUGGCCUUCUUUGUGAAUCUAACAGCUAAGUUUCCGCUCAUCAUCAUUUUCCUCCUCAUCAUAUUGUACGCAAUCCCCGCCAGUGCCACCAUUUUAGCUCUUUACGUCCUCGUCACCAUUCUCUUCGCUUUGCCUUCUUUCUUGAUAUUAUACUUUGCGUACCCCAGUUUGGACUGGCUCAUUAGAGAAAUCAUCACCUAAGAAUGAGUAAACGGUCCAAUUUGUCGUGAAACUUUCUGUUUGGUGAUUGAAAAGUAAAAAAGGUUCGUCGAAUUCCACAAGGUCUUGUUACCAUCUUUGUAUAUUGUAUCAGUGUGGUGUUUAAUGCUAUGGAUUUCAGAAAUUCCACAACUCUAAUGUCAUCAAGUGUGUGAUCAAAUAUCUUUUUCUGCUAGUUUUACUUCAA